AGCGGCGCAGGGCCGCCAGCACCGGAGCCCCGCCGGCGGCGCGCCCGUCGCCACCGCCCCUUCCCCGACAGCGCUGCGCCGGGCGGGAGCGGGGCCGGGUGGGGCGGGCGGCGCUGGCUGCUGCCGGUGCCCGCGGGGGUCGGGGAGUGUCGGGGUAACCGGGAGAAGCAAGAGCCGGGCGGCCCCGCCGGGUCCCCGGCGAUCCCGAGCUGAGCGGAGGGAAGGGCGGAGCGGCGCUGGGAAGCGGCAGCAAAGAAGCGGCACUCGUGUCGGGGAGCUAAGAACGCACCAGCUUAACAGCACGCGUGAGACCUUGUUCUUUCACAGCGUCCCUGAAAAUAAACAGCACUAGCCCAGUGUUUAAGGAGCUCAAAUCUAGAACUUAAAUAAAAAAAAAAAAAAUAGAUUUAAUAGUAUCUUGAUACGUUUUUGUGGUAGUAGUUAUUAAACACAGCAAAUUGUACACAAGAGUAGGGCUUCUGUGUGAAUGGUGCAUAAUAUGUUAAAAGAUUUGAGGGCUGACAAAAUGUCUUUAAAAAUGUGUUUCUUUCUUACCAAACUUCCCUAUUUUGUUUCCAAGAAGACAACCGUAGUGUAUUACUAGAGGUGUUGAAAGUAGUUGAGUACGAUGAGCCUGAUGGCAGAGUGAUUGCUCUUCUGUUCAUAUGUUCUGCCAGCGUUAUUCAAUUUUAUUCUUUAAGUGCUGUACUACAUAAACUUCGUGUUGUAGUUGGCCAGAUUAGUUUGAAGUGAUGUUACUUUGGACAAAGAUGAGUAAUACUUUUGUUAGGUGACACUGACUCCAGUAGAAGAGUGGCAAAUGGAGUCCCAGUCUGCCAAAUGGCAUCAUAUAUUCUCAAGUGCUUCCACAUUAAAAUGAAAUUUUACCUUUUAAGGGUAUUAACUGUUUUGUUUUAAUUGUUAUUUUCUGUUAGCGUCUUUCAUGCUCUUUUUAUCCACAGACGCUUAGAUCUCCUGAGCCCUUGGGUUGAAUCUUCAGCCUAAUCUGUGGGCACAGCCAUCCGGUAAAGAGCCAGCAUCAACAUGCAAAGCCGUGCAUUUUUACAGGCUUAGAGGCCGUAAGCUGUACCAGUGUAGAGUACGUUGAGGCAGUCCACUUAGAGGAACUGUAACUUCUUUUUUUUUUUCAUCCCUCUAUUGAGCAUUGAGUGAUAAACAGACAAAUAAGGAAGUUUGAAUGUUCUUUAUAUUCUGACAGGUAUCCUGUGGGGGAAAAAAAUUGAAGUGUGGUGAAAACAAAAUAAUUACAACCACAGGGUUUGGAAUCAGUUAGGAUGCUCAAAAAUGGCUGAAAUAGAUGAAGGUAAAUAAUUGCUUAGGUUUUGACGUUCACUUGAAAUAACUGCAAAAUCACAAGAGAAAUUCAGUAGAAGUAGUAUGGUUUUGCUUCUGUUAAAAAUAUUAACACUCUGUCAAAGCAAAGGUGAACUGUGCAGUGCUCCCAUGCGCGUGAUGCUGUGAUUCUGAUACCAGAGUAGAAACUGAUCUGAAGUUGCAGGAAUACAAGAACUGAAAUUUAUUUUUAGGAGCAGCUAGCAGGUUAUUUUGAGCAUAAAACAGCAGUUUAGAAGACUGAUGGUAAAACUGUAAGAUGAAAAAAUAUAUUGAGUGACAUUUCCUAAGUUUCCCAUUCUUUCUUUCGGAUCUGUUGUGUCAGGGGCUUUGGAACUGGAAGAAGUCACUUAUAAAAUGCAUGUUGUGUUCAAAGGUCAUGGUCUCACAAACACAGUUAUUUUUUGCAAGUUACAUCUCUUUUUCCUAAUGCUUUUCCAAAAUGCAGUAUUUAGCAGAAAGCAAUGAGUCUGUUGCCAUUGCUGGUUUGAAUAUUAUGACUGUAAUGAAUUGUGUUUGCAUCUGAAUCCACUGAAGAUACUAGGUAGUGUCAUCCUUUUUCCAGCUUUAUGGACUUUUGGAUCAGCACCUCGAGAUCUGUUGUGUGCACAUUAGACACGCUGUGCCAGAAUCUGCGUGUGUUUAGUUCCAGAAUAACAUAGCUGAAAAGGGGAACUUGUCUGGUUUUCUAUCAUAUUUACAAGGAAUAAUAGUUACAGAAAAAACUGUUCCAAUGAGCUAUUUAAAAUUACUUCUUUUUACUUAAAGGUAAACACACGCCUAAGUGAGUUAACUCCACUGAGGCAAGAGUACUCGUACCAUUCAAGGUGCCUGUCUAAAAGCUGAAGAUGAUUUUGCAGGCAUUUGUGAGCAUGAGUAGUAAAGUUCAGUCACAAGAAUGAAAACUCCUCACCUUGCAAGAAUUUGUGGGAUCAGCUUCUUAAUUCUUAAUUUGAGAAAAAGCAUUUUAUUAUAGGGAUAUAGUUUUGUAACCCAAUUUAACAGUAUUUUGCAUUUGACAAAAGAAGAAAAUCGUGGGGCAGGAGGUGAUGGUAGCUCACUUUGUGUCACAGCUGGCAUUUUUAGAAACGCUUUUACAGAGAAACGUUCCUAAUGUUUGCACCACUUUUACAGAGAAACAUUAAUUUCUGCAGUUUAAGUUAAGCCCUUUGAUCACUCUUGUGGGAAGAAGCCCUGGACUUGGCAGGAUCAUUUUGUAUUCUUGUAUGCAGUAGAGGAUAGUACAAUGCAUAAUUAUAUUUACUUUGGGCAUAGUAAAAAUAAUUUGAUCACAAGUUUUUGGUUACUAUUUGCAUUUUCCUCCUUUGAUUUAAGAUUUCGGCAGCAAGGUGAUGUAGUUUAUGUUGUCUAGCUUUUAAUUUCGUGACACAGAGUCCUGUGGAGGCAUACAGUGAAGCAGAAGAAAACCUUUUGCCACUGACUUCUGCAUUGCUUGUCGUGGUGUUCAGAAAACAUCAGCACUGCAAGUGCAAGCAGCAUGAAGGAGCAUUUAUGCUCCUGCAUCAAAAUAAAUGAUUUCAGGAUUUGUUGUAGAAAGGAUAAUUGAUCAAUACUCAUAAUGUUUGACUCAUCUGCCUCAAAGAAAUAAAAUAAAAUUUUGUAGUUUGUCUUUAAAUUCCACGGUUAAAAUUGGGUCAUAACUUCCUGUACCUGCAGUGGCUAAGUGUCCACUUCUUUAAACAUGGUUGCUGUAAGACAGAAAGAAAAGGGAUCCCUCAGGGAUCCUGAUGUUCUCAGGAGACUUCAGUAGAUGCAAAAUGCUGCAAGUCUUGCCUUUGUAUCAGGUAUGAGAGCAGCUAAUAAAAAAAUUAACAAGUAUUAGAACCUAAGUAAUCAGUGUACAGGACUAUGAUACAGAUAGUUUGUGCAGUUUCACUGUCACUUAUUUUGUAACUAGCUGAUGUUGGCAUGUAUUAGUUUGACCAGCUAGGAGUGGCCUGCCAUUUCUAUAGCUUUGUCCUAAUUUGCUUUAGGACAGUGUUCUUCAGAAAAGAAAUGGGAUGCCAGGUGUCCUGAAUGGCCAAUAUGUCCAACAACCUCCUUUCAAAAUGCAAUGAGGCGACACGAGGAAUCUUUUAGCAGUGACACUUAGUCAAGGUAAGAUGUGAGGUGCUAAAAGCUUUUGUAAAGAAGGAGGACUUGUAGCACUGUAGUGUGUAAAUCCAGCCAUGUAAAUCCAUGAGGCAACUCCUAGGCUGGGGAUGGAGUUUAAAUUGGCAGGAAUCACAAUUGUGGUUAGAGAUGGAUAGACAAAACACAGGCAGGAAGUGUUAGGGUAGAAUACCUACCGAGGAAACGGGCAUACGAUUGCCUGAAUAGUUUAACAUCAUAAAAUAAAUUUAAAAAAAAUUAUUUUUAUUUUCUCAAUCUAUAAAAGCCCUUAUCUUAAGCAACAGAUUCAGUAAAAUGAGUAAAAGGACCCAGGGCUCAUCGUCACAUACAUCAGCCACAACCUAGCCCUACCCUCUUUGGUAAUUUUUAUCUGUCUCUUUUUCUUAUUCCCCAUUCCUCUCACUUCCUCCUCCUCUGCCUCCCCAAUUUGGAUAAACUAAUGAAGUGAGAAAAUAAAAGAAAAAAAACCCACAAAACUCUUGACAUCAGAGCCUCUAGAAUAUGUAGAAGCCAGUUCACUGUCUCUCAGCUAAAGCCAGUGCAGCUGGCAGCAUCAGUGAGAUGCUGGAGCUAAAAUGUUAAAAUGUGUGCCACUGCUUACCACUGACUGUAGUUCUGCUUUUAAAAAUUCUAGUCUUAAUUUCAAAAUUGGCUUUACAAAUUUCAGGGGAAUUAUGCUCAGUUUAAAAGAAUGGCUUAACGUUUUUUAGAAACUAGUUUUCUUGAUUUUUUUGUAGGAUUGCCUGAAAAGUUGAUUUCUUAAUCUAGAUAGGAAAACAGAGGCUAGAAACUUGCUGUAAAGACAGUUCACCCCACUUCACCCCACCCCCAACUCUGUUAGAAUGCAUUACAGGAAAACUUAAACUGAAACAUCUUUUUCAUUAUUGUGUUUGGAGGCAACAUGGAAGAGGAAGCUAGAAAGUGUACUAAGCAGUCGUUAUGGAUAAAUUCCUACUCUAGGAAACUCAGUCCAAAUUUGAUAACUUGAAUAAAGAAAACAAGUUCACUUUAUGCAAAAAAAACCAAAACCCAAACCAAAGAUUUUGGCAAGGUGGAAGUCUCCAAUAUCUGAAAUACGGAGAAUGUAAGUAAAGGAAGCAGCAAUAAUGUAGGGAUAGUUGACAUAAAGUGUUUGAUUUUAUUGCUGCAUUUCAAAGAAUACAUAUGAAUUGCAGCAGUAUUUUCCUCAAAAGUUAGUAAAGCAAGCAGAAUGUUUAAGGUAGGAUUAUUUUUGUAAAUCAGAUAAUGGGAUUAGCUAUCUUUUGAAUCAGUGGACCAUCUUGCAAUUUUCUGAGAAUUAUUUAUUUAAAAUUAUUAUAAAGAGGAAGAGCGUCCCCAGAAUUGAAGUGAGCAUCAAGGGAGGCUUUGAGUGACUAUUCUGUCCUCAGUUCUUGGUAUGUGCUGCCUGAGGUGAGCUGAACAACCGUGUGAUAGCAUUCAUCUAGUGGAUGUAACGAAGAUCUGUUCCACAAGUACUUGUACGCACAGAAGUGCAGGAGGAAUCCAUUAAGGGAGGAGUGAACUCAAACCCACAGGAGCCUGCUUUCUGCAAAGGAUGCAGGGCUGUUUUCACUUGGAAGCAGCGGUGUGUUGAGAGUGAUGUUCCUAGUGUGAAACCCAGUUGCUCUGAUUCCCAAGGGACAAGUUUCAUCAAAUGAAGGCAGAUUGUUGGUAUCCUGGUGGAGCAACUAACUGUAGCAACAAUUGCCAGUGGACCAUUUAGCAACAUAACCAUUGGUGCUGUGCAGACAACGGCACAGGAGAAACAAGCCUGACAUGAGCUAUUUUUUUCCAGCCUGGCAGUUUGUCAUGCAAGAGCUGGGGAAGUGCUGCCUGAUAGCCCAGAACGUGCUGAGGCCAGGUGCAUCCUCUCUCUACCCAGAGUGACAAAUGGGCCUUGUCAAGAGUAUUUCACUGGUCCAGGUACUGCAAAUAGGCUUCCUCCAUGGGAGGGGAGGAGAAGGCUCGUGCCUCUCUGCGUAACAUUUCUGGAAUAAAUAUUCUCGUGUUUUACCUGAGAGCUGAGGUUACAGUUAAUCCAAGUGGUCAUUUGCUGGCUAAACGUGACUCCUGUCCUCUAAGAGACUGUUUGAUGCACUCUUUGUAGCAGUGAGAGAUACAGACUGCUGAAUUUGCCACUUGGAAAACAAAAAACAUGGCUUCUAAUACAGCGAACCCUGCCAACCACUUGCCGUACUUCUUUGGCAAUAUUACACGUGAAGAAGCUGAGGAGUACCUGAUGCAAGGAGGAGUGACUGAUGGACUAUACUUGCUGCGCCAAAGCCGGAAUUACCUGGGGGGCUUUGCCUUAUCGUUGGCCCAUGGAAGGAAAGUUCAUCAUUAUACAAUUGAGAGGGAGCUGAGUGGGUCAUAUGCUAUUGCAGGAGGCAAGUCGCAUGCCAGUCCUGCUGAACUCAUUAACUAUCACUCAGAGGAAGCGGAUGGCCUUGUCUGCCUGCUGAGGAAACCUUUCAACCGACCACCAGGUGUUGAACCCAAAACAGGACCCUUUGAAGAUUUAAAAGAAAACCUCAUCAGAGAGUAUGUCAAACAAACUUGGAACUUGCAGGGGCACGCUCUUGAACAAGCUAUCAUUAGUCAAAAGCCUCAGCUGGAGAAGUUGAUUGCCACUACAGCCCAUGAGAAGAUGCCGUGGUUCCAUGGGAGGAUCUCUCGGGAAGAGUCAGAACAUCGUAUCCUCAUUGGGUCAAGAAACAAUGGAAAAUUCCUUAUCCGAGAAAGGGAUAGCAAUGGUUCCUAUGCCCUGUGUCUGCUGAAUGAUGGAAAAGUACUGCAUUACCGUAUUGACAGAGAUAAGACAGGAAAGCUCUCCAUACCAGAUGGAAAAAGAUUUGACACCCUCUGGCAGUUAGUUGAGCACUAUUCAUACAAACCAGAUGGAUUGCUAAGGGUUCUUACCAUUCCCUGUCCAAAACUUGGUGCAGAAAAUGAUAAUGUUGUUUUUAGCACUCAUCCUCUUCCCGGAACCCCAUCAAAGCACAUGUACGGACCAGGACUUUUCUUGUCUUGCAGCAGGGGCUCCAUAACUAGAUUUAAGAGUUGGGCAGGAGGUGGAAUUAUCUCAAGACUCAAAUCGUACACCUUUCCAAAGGCUGGCAGCAAAAAGCUUCAGUCAACUAUUGGCCACUCAUCUGAUGAAGCACCUUUUAAUCCUUAUGUGCUGCAAAGGAAUAGAGGUCUUACAGGAGCAGAAAGAGGUGAUCAGAGAGAAGCCUUACCCAUGGAUACUGAAGUCUAUGAAAGUCCAUAUGCUGAUCCAGAUGAAAUGAAACCAAAAAAUGUUACUCUUGACAGGAAAUUGUUAACCUUGGAGGAAGGAGAACUUGGAUCUGGCAACUUUGGUACUGUAAAGAAAGGGUUCUAUAAAAUGAAAAAGGGUGCCAAGCCAGUGGCCGUAAAAAUUCUUAAGAAUGAGAGUAACGAUCCAGCCAUAAAGGAUGAAUUACUGAGAGAAGCAAAUGUAAUGCAGCAACUGGAUAAUCCAUAUAUUGUCCGAAUGAUAGGCAUAUGUGAAGCUGAGGCCUGGAUGUUAGUAAUGGAAAUGGCUGAACUUGGGCCAUUGAAUAAAUUUUUGCAAAAAAAUAGGCAUGUCACGGAGAAGAAUAUAACAGAGCUGGUACAUCAGGUUUCCAUGGGGAUGCAAUACCUGGAGGAGAAUAACUUUGUUCAUAGGGAUCUGGCUGCAAGAAAUGUGCUAUUAGUCACCCAGCAUUACGCCAAAAUUAGUGACUUCGGACUUUCUAAAGCUCUUAGUGCUGAUGAAAGUUAUUAUAAGGCACAAAGUCAUGGAAAAUGGCCAGUGAAGUGGUAUGCUCCAGAAUGUAUGAAUUUCUACAAAUUUUCUAGCAAAAGUGAUGUCUGGAGCUUUGGAGUUUUAAUGUGGGAAGCUUUCUCCUAUGGGCAAAAACCAUAUAAGGGAAUGAAAGGUGGUGAAGUUGCACAGAUGAUUGAAAGAGGAGAACGAAUGGAACGUCCUGAAGUCUGUCCAACAGAAGUCUAUGAUCUAAUGAAAUUGUGUUGGACAUACAAUGCUGAUGACCGACCAGGAUUUGUUGCGGUUGAGAUGAGAUUACGGAACUACUAUUACGACAUUUCCCACUAGCAGCACAAGGAAUAGCAGCUUCCUUGCCUCCAGCCAGCACCCUCUGAGGAGCAGUUCAGUUUCUGAAACCAAGCGACUUUAAUUUUUGUACUGCCACUUUCACCCUGCGAAGCUCAGAGCCAAGCCCUGUGUUUGUAGGGUUGCCUUUUCUUGGCUUCUGCACAAUAUCCAUCCCUGAAAUAGAGUGUUGAAAAUGGAGAGGCCUCCAAAAUGAACAGCAAGGAUGUCAGAGCAGAUGCUUUUACUUUUGCUACAUUCAAUUUCAUUUUAUUUACAGCUUCAUUGGCAUUACGUUUUGCGAUCAUGUAAAACCUGUGUAAUUUCCUUCAGCACUCUUCUUCUCUUGUAUUUCAAUGCAGACUGGGAUUUAAAUUCUUCUUAUUAAUAUUCUUAGCCCUCAGUUGCAUUGAGUUGUUCCAGCCUUCCCCCUCCCCAAGGAAGAAUAGCAUAAACAUUUUUCAUUGUGAAGAAAAUUCACUUUGAAAGUGACUCUGUCACUUUGACUGAGAGAGUAUUUGAUUUUACCCCCAAAUCCCUUUAGAACCAUGUUGUAUUCUUCUCAGUAGUAAUGUAGGCAGAGAGGAACUGGGACAUGUGAAUUUCUAACGUCAUCAUCUCCUUUAAAUGUGACCAACUCUUUUCUCAUCUCCUGCGGAAGCCUAGCUGUCCCUUAAUGAGUUAUUUUCUUCCUGGUGAAACCUGGGAACUCAGGGGCUUGCUCUCAUGUUGGGGCAAAACAUACCAGCACCUGAGACAAAUGAUUGUGGGUUGGAACAUAACCUCCAUCACUGCAUUACUGAAAAGACAGCUGUGAAGCCAAAGGUGACAGAGCAGCACCUUUCUUUUUCUGUGCUGCUUCAGCCACCUCCAGAGAUUUCUUUUCCAUGUAUCUCUUUGGGUACACCAAAGCUCCUUUCUGUUGUGUUUUGAGCAGCAAUCAUUUCUAUCUUUUUUCAAGCCUUUAUUGAAAAACUUUUGUGAGAAUUCACCACACACGAUCACCUCUAAAGCUAAGUUUCACCCCUAGCUCAAAUAUUUUAAAACAGGCAUAUGGACAUCAAGUUUACUUUUAUCUGCUCCUAUAUGUUAGUCUUUGUCCUGUUAUUAAUCCCUGUGAACAUCUCAGGAAAGGUAUUUGUCGUGUCACUCUUUUGUAAUGCACCGUGCAUCUCGAUUGAUGUGCGAGUCUAGCAAUGGUAAUAGCAAAUAAUGUAUUGAACUUCUGAUUCUAUUUUUACCCUUAUGCUUUGUUUGUCCAAUCUCAUUUAAAUAUUAUAGAUAUAAACAUUUCUAUCUCUUAUUCCUCACAAGCAGCUACUUCACUGGCAUUUGCUUACAUCUCAGGAGCCUACAUGCAUUGCAUCUACUAGAUUUAGAGAUUUUAGAGGAAUAUAAAGGAUAAGAUAUAAUGUUAGAUGUAUUUAUUGCAUAUGGCUGGUUAGAACAUAUUUGUUUAACUGUUUUGCGAACAGGGUAUUCUUAGAGAUGCAGUGAUAUUUUUUUCUCUAGCAAAGAAACUGUGUGGGCAAUUACAGUGAGAAAUUGUAAAAUGGUUUUCAUAAAAGAGAUGACUAUAAACAAA